GUGUUUGUUCGGGAUCCACCCGAGGGCAAGAGGAGACGUGGCUGAAGGCGCAGCCGGAGUCCAGACCGGAGACUUCGCUGACAGAGAUGGGGUCUUGCUAUGUUGCCCAGGCUGAUGUGGAAUUCCACAAGGAAUAUUUAAACAUGACCAAAAUGCUGCAAUUAUUUAAUGACAAAACCACAUAUAACAGGAGGUUGAGACAUCCUGAGCUAGUCUGUCUCAAUGAAGAACUACAAUGUCCAGAAUUCCCCCAAAUGCGUAGGGGACGCCCAUUCCGCCGACCUCGCCGCAACGCCUCCUGGGAUAUGUAGUGUGUGCCUUCCGCUGCGCAUGCGGCUCUCCCCCGGCAUUUUUUCCCUCGAUUUGGGGCAGACUCUACGUGGGGAAAGGUGAUGGGUCUCAAGGAAAGGCUAAAAACACCGGGAUAAGAGGGGUGAGCGAGACAACUGAGCCUGUUACAUUCGUUGUUAGGCACCUAUAACCCUGACUUCUGAGCCUUUGUAAGCAGGCUUCUUCCGGGAUCUUCCAGAAAAGUUAAUAGGCGUUGAGGGAAAGCCUUGCUGGCAAGUUAGGGCCGGUUAGCAGUGGCGGUUCUUUUCUCACCCAGCGCGGCUUCGGGGCAGGGACGCAGGAUUCCAUCGAGAUACGGAGGCUUCCGUCGGGAUAUUGGGUUCUUUGAAGCGUGGAGGACUAGGGCUGGCCUGAGCCCAUUCCUAGCCAGGACGGUGGAGACCGCAUUCAUGUUCAGGUCUAUUGUAUGCCUGGCGGAGAGUACCCCUGUCUCUUGCAAACCGUGUCACUGUUUACCCUGCAGUAUACCUGUUUACCGUCGUACCUGUCCUUCACUUAAUAGUCCCAAGGCCCCUUCUUUGGUUACUUCUCCAGGAUCAUUCAGGGCACAAGAAGAAAGAAGCAAGAAAUUACCCACAACUGUAUUAACACCCUCAAGAAGAAAAAAAAAAAACUGUUGGAAUGCUUUAGAACCAUCAUAAUGGAAACAAAAUACAUGAAGGAAAAACAAUUAUUUUUAUAUCAUCAUAUUGCACCUGACUACUAGUUAGAGAUGGUUUUUAUUUACCUAAGAAAAUUUUUGAUAUAAAUGCAAAAAAACCCUUUUUUUCUAGACUCAUUGGUUACAAAUAUGCUUCGUCUAAGAGCUAUUUGUCCAUUCUCCUGGAGAGCAUUUCAAUUUCGACCCUUCACUUGUGAACCAUUAAUUAUCCAGAUGAAUAAGUGUACAGAUGAAGAGAAAAUAUUUGAUCUUAUUGAAAGAAACAAAGCUAUGCUUUCAGAAAGGCAAGUGGGAUGUGCAUUUAAUAUACUUUGGCAGCUUCAACAGCAGAAGACCAGCGUAUUAAAAAAUGUUGAGUAUGUCAGAGAUCAUCCUCAAUUUCGUACUCUUUAUAAUUUAACUGCAAAUAAAUUCAAAUUAAUGAAUGAUGAUACCCUUGUGAAAGUGUUAUACAUCACACAACAGUUUGCUAUUGAGGCCCAUGAUCCACUAGUUGAAGCACUAGUUACAGAAGCAUGGAGAAGGCUGGAAAGGUUUGAUGUUAAUGUCCUGUCAGUAUUUUCCUCUUGCCUAGCAAAUCAACAUUUGUAUUUUAGUCCAUUAAUGGGAAAAAUAGCUGAUAUUGUACAUAAGAACUUGGAAACCAUACAGGACUUAAGGUCCUUAUCUGUCUUGAUGGUCAACAUAUCUUCUUUAAUAUCACGAUAUUUUCAAGAACAAUUAGUGAACAAAAUAGAACUUCUUUUUGACACCACAGAUUCUUCUGAGGUCGAUAUUGCAAGAAGAACAGUACAAUUUCUUCAAAAUGUUAAAUAUAGUUAUCCUCCACUGUUAGAAAGGUGUAAUAAAAUAUUUUUAAGUAAUGCGAACCACCUUGAUUUGGAUUCCAUCAGUGAAAUACUUAGUCUAUACCAGUUUCUACAGUUUCAUAAUUUUGAGUUUGUUACAAUGGCUAAAAAGAGGCUAAUUGAAAUGAUUCCUCUGUUUGAUCACACUGCUAGCUUUGUAAAAUUGUUUGUAGCAUUGGGACCCAUAGCAGGACCUAAAGAAAAGAAACGACUUAAAUCAACUAUGUUAUUGAUGUCAGAGGAGUUGACCAGCCAGCAAGCCCUGGCAGUGUUGGGAGCAAUGGAAGAGAUGGAAAGCAGAAAUUCACAUCUGAUUAAAAAAAUUGCUUCAGUUCUACAUAAACAUUUGGAUACCUAUAAACCAAUAGAGUUAUUGAAAAUAACUCAAGCCUUGAAUUUUCUACAUUUUCAAAGUAAGGAGCUUUUUGUGAAACUCAGAGAAUUACUGCUUAGUUAUUUGAAAAUUAGUGUUAUACCAAGUGAGAUUUCCAUUCUGGUCCGUGCUGUUUCUAUGAUUCCUUCUCCUCAUCUGGAUGAAGUGGGGAUAUCUCGAAUUGAAGCAGUUUUACCACAGUGUGACCUAAAUGACCUGAAUGGUUUUGCCACAUCUGUUUUAAGAUGGAUUCACUAUGGUCACCUGCAUUUGGAUAUUAUUACUGGGAAACAACUGAAACUACUUCAAAAAUUAGAUCAUUAUGGUCAUCAGAGACUACAACAAAGCAAUAAUUUGGAUCUAUUAUGGGAGGAACUUAAAUCUUUCAAAGGAGAAUGGCUUCCUGAGUCACUUCUUGAAGAAACAAUUAUUACUAUACAGCGUUUGAUGGAAGAAAUUAAUUACAAAAAUGUUGCAGGGAUUGCAUCUUUUAUUUCAAGAACUAACUAUCUCAGUACUUUGCUACUUGAUAGGAUAGCCUCAGUGGUUAUUCAGCAGAUUGAAAAGAUCCAUCCUUUUGUAAUCCUUGCUAUUAUUUUUCCGUUCAGCAUCUUGAACUAUGAUCCACCUCAAAGGGAUGAAUUUUUUGCAACUUGUAUGCGACACCUUAAUUCUAACUUAGGUGUAUUGGAUCCUCUAAUGUUAGUGUUUCUUGGUUUCUCUUUUGCCACACUUGAAUAUUUUCCAGAAGAUCUGUUAAAGGCAAUUUUUAACAUCAAAUUCUUAGCCAGAUUGGAUUCUCAACUUGAAAUUUUACCUUCAUCUCUAAAUACGAGGGCCCAGUUUCGUCUUAUGGAGUUAAAUAGAGCAGUCUGUUUGGAAUGCCCAGAGUUUCAGAUUCCGUGGUUUCAUGACCGCUUCUGUCAACAAUAUAAUAAAGAUAUUGGCAGCAUGAAUGGAGCACAACAGCAGAUUUAUAAAAUGUUAGCAGAGGUACUAGGAGGAAUCAAUUGUGUAAAAGCCUCGGUUCUUACACCUUAUUACUACACAAUAGAUUUUGAGUGUAUCUUGGAUAAAAGGAAAAAACCUCUUCCUUAUGGAAACCAUAAUAUAACUUGGGGACAACUACCAGAAAUGCACUGGAAAUCAAAUACUCAAAUAGUUGGAUCAAGACUGCCACCAGGAGCUGAAAGGAUUGCUUUGGAAUUUUUGGAUUCAAAAGCUUUUUGUAAGAACAUCCCUCACAUAAAAGGAAAAUCUGCUAUGAAAAAAAGACAUUUGGAAAUUUUGGGCUAUCAUGUAAUUCAGAUCCCUCAUUUUGAAUGGAACUCUAUGGCUCUAUCAACAAAGGAUGCUCGGAUGGACUACCUAAGAGAACGUAUAUUUAGAGAAGGCAAAUCAUGAUUGUAGUUUUUAUUUAAAAUGAGUUAUCAUGGAAUGUCAUAUUUGAACUUGUUUUAAUUAAAUGGCCUGACUCAAUUAAAAAA